CGAAGACGGUUCGUGCGUUCGGUCGCAGGAUCUGUCAAAAAGACCCAUCUCUGACGUCUUUAGAGCUUUCUGCUUCACUGCAAGGGGCAAAAUCCAAGUUAAGAAACGACCAAUACACUUUGAUCAGCACAGGUAGAACAUGUCAGCUCACGCUUUGUUGACAUUAUUUCGAUUGAAUACAAGAAAACCUUCACAAUGGAUGGGAUUGAGUUACAAGAACAUUCUCCAUUCAAGAAGGUAUGGCCAUCUUCGUGGACAAGAACCUGUAGCGCCAGUUCAGACAAUUGCUGAGAUGAGGGAAAAGCUACAUAAAAUUAUGGGGAUUCAAAAAGGAUACACUCCUCUCAAAGUUGACCGAACUCAUCUCUUGGAAAUGCUUCCCACCAGCCAGGCCGAGCUUCCUGUUAAAACUAUGAAUGAUAGUUUUGACCAUGCUGUCAUACCAUUGAGCACUGAUCUUGACAUGAGAGAAAAGUAUUCUACUCUUCACGGGCAUGUCAGACUAGGACGACUCAUGGAAGACAUGGACAUAUUUGCUGUCUGGUUAUCAUUUAAGCAUAUUGAGAAUCCCAAGCAAUUACCAGAUCUUCCCACUCCAUACAAUAUUGUUACUGUCUUGGUAGAUCAAAUUGAUUUUACGUCUGUUGUUCCAACCCCUGAUGCAGACAUUCGCCUCUCUGGGCAUGUUUCAUGGGUGGGGAAAUCCACUAUGGAAGUUGUGGUAUGGUUAGAACAAUUUCAACAUGGAGCAUGGAGAAAAAUUACCAGGGCAAUUUUCCUUAUGGCUGCACGAAAUUCUACCAACACUCAUUCAGCAUGUAUCAACAGUUUGAAACCUACUGAUGAAGAAGAAAAGAAAAUUCUUGAUGGCGGAAUUGCCCGCAAACUUAGAAGAACUCAAGUUCAGAAAGCCAAUUUGCUUCGAAUUGCUCCAGACAUAAAUGAACAGCACAUUAUUCAUCAACUGUUUUUGGAUACUGUUGACCCUCGAGAUAUAACAUUUGAGCAGCGAGCACUUCCCCCAAAUGGUCGCUGGAUGUCUGACACCCUUGUUACCAAUAUUAUUAAUUCUCAUCCUGAGGACAGAAACUUGCACAAUACAGUUUUUGGUGGAUUUUUAAUGAGGCAGGCUGUUGAACUCUCAUCAACUUGCUGUUUUGCUCACAGCUAUUUUAAGCCUCGCCUCAUCUGUAUGAGUGACAUAGUGUUUCAUCAUCCAGUUGAAGUUGGAGCACUGUUACGAAUGCAUGCUAAAGUUGUAUAUGCAGAAAUGGAUCAUGCCCAAGUUAUGACCCAUGCAGAGGUCACAGAUCCAUAUGGAGGGACAAAAAAGACAACAAAUGUAUUUAAUUUUACCUACAAGAUUCCUCAAAUUGCUCGUAAAGUCUACCCAUCUUCGUAUCAUGAGGCUAUGGCAUACUUAGAUGGUCGCCGUCAUUUCCAGCAUGCCUUGGGACUUACUGGUAAAACAGAGCCUAAUUUUACGAAAGGUCUCUAACUGCUGUUAUUUUUCUUUUCAUCUAAUGGUUCCUCUGUAUGAAUCAUCUAUAUGGAUCAUCUAAAAGAUCUAAAGGAAGUAACAAGAAAAAACAAAAUUUUGCUUCUUGUGUUAACUUUAUUAAGAGUUAUUAAUAGUUCUAGCGAAUGGAGUAGAAACGCAAACUAUUUUCCUACUCAUCGUGUACAAGCUCCUUUGUGUCUCCCAGGUACAAAUGUCAAGCACAAUAAGAGAAUCGGAGAUAAACAAUGUGCCUACAAAUCUCACAAAAGACCAUAGGAAAUUAAAGAUAUUUAAUUUUCCUUCAUAUUUAAUUUUUUGGAGUAUAUUUGAGGCUAUUUUAAAAUAUUUAAUGUACUUAAGAAGUUUUAAGAAAUAUUGCUUGAUUCUGUUAUUAGUUUUUUAUCUAUCCCCAGUGAGAAAUGGCAGUUGAAUUGACAUUGAAACAAUUUCGAAAUGGUGGAAUCGACGUCGAAAUGAUAUAGUUUAGAAACUAAUUUUUCACUGGGUCUUGUCUGUGAUCCCAGAUAUUCACAUUUCAGGGACAUGUCCACCGCUAACCCUCUGUAAUUUCAUUAUGACUUACGUUUUAGUACUUGUUUCCUCAUUUCAAUUUUUUUUUUU